AUGAGCAGAAUACGUUCAACAUUCAAUACAACCACAAGGCACAACAGAAAUGCACAACAAUUUCGAAGUGGGUGUCUUCUUUUGUUGUUGUCGAUGGGAGCUUCGAUGAGUGCAGCCUUUGUUCUGCCACACACGCAACAACAACAACAGGUUAGAUCAACAAUUGGAUCCAAUCCCAUCACUACCUUUGCUGCUUCUGUGGAAGACAAACUGGAAGUCUUUGAUGCCGACAAGGAGGAGGCCAUUCAACAACAAAAGAACUUGAUGAAAAAACGACGAGAAGAGCAAAAAUAUCAACCCAAGGACGCUCAAGAAUGGAAAUUCUUUGAUACAGCCCGGGUUCACGUCAGUGGAGGAGAUGGAGGAAAUGGCUGUGUCAGUUUUCGACGUGAAAAGGGAGAAGCCAUGGGAGGACCAAACGGUGGUCGAGGUGGCCGUGGGGGUUCCGUCUACCUCAUUUGCGACAAGAGCAUCAACACCUUGGCCCCCUUAAGGUAUAGAGUCCACGUUCGAGCUACUAAGGGUCGCAAUGGACUAGGAAAGGGUAAAGAUGGUCAAAAGGGAAAGGAUAUUGCCAUUAAGGUGCCUCCAGGUACUGUCAUUCGUGAACUCCGAACCCAAAAGUUGGCCGGCGAAUUGAAAGAGGACGGCGAACGAUUCCUAGUAGCCCGAGGUGGACGAGGAGGUAGAGGCAAUGCUGCCUUUAUGACUCAGCGCAACACUGCCCCCAAGAUUGCGGAACGGGGAGAACCCGGUGCCAAGUCUUGGUUGUCGGUGGAAUUGCGAUUGGUUGCCGAUGUUGGUUUUUUGGGAAAACCCAAUGCCGGAAAGUCGACACUAUUGGCAUCCUCCAGCAAUAACAAACCAAAGAUUGCGGACUACCCUUUCACGACGAUUGUUCCCAACUUGGGAAUAUGCAACAUUGGAGAAGAAGGUGCCGGGCUCGUUCUCUGUGAUAUUCCUGGACUGAUUGAAGGUGCUGCGGGAGGAGCUGGAUUGGGGCCUGCCUUUUUGCGUCACGUCCAACGAUGCAAGGUCCUAUUGCACGUCGUAGAUGGCUCCUCCGAAGAUCCUAUUGGAGACUUUAACACCAUCAACAAUGAACUGAAAAUGUACGACGAAUUUCUGGCCCAAAAGCCACAAGUAGUUGUGUUGAACAAGAUUGAUCUGCCUGACGUUCAAGACAAGCAAGAAGACUUGUUGGAGCAAUUGCGAGAGGCUGCUGGUCAUUCUCGUGUCUUGCCCAUUUCGGCUGCCACCACGGAACGUGUGAAAGAACUGAUGGGACGUUUGAAAAAGUUUGCCGAAGCCCAACCCGUCAUUGACUUGCCCCCCAUUCCCGAGAUUGAUUUGGGCAAGGCCGGUUUGGACUUUGACAGUGAUGACUACGAAAUCCUAAGUGAUCCAUCGUACCCAGGCCAGUGGAGGAUCAGUGGGGAGUACAUUGAACAGAUUGCCAAGAUGACGCAUUGGGAAUAUCCCGAAGCGGUUGCCCGAUUUGGUCGACAAUUGGAUGCCGUGGGCAUUGCCAAGGAAUUGCAAGCCCGAGGUGCUCAGGAUGGAGAUUUGGUCAUGGUGGACGAGUAUGAUUUUGAGUUCAAUCCCAAUCUUACCAAUCCUUAUAUCCCCCAAGACUUGUUGGACCGUGAAGCCAUGUUUGACGGCAGCAAGUCGAAAGGUGACGAUGAGGACGAAGCGAUUGCCUGGAGACCAUACCAACAGGGUGGAUUCUUGGAUGAAGAUGUGGGCGAGUUGGUUGGAUUCACAGAAGCAGAAGAGUGGGAUAUGUUGGAUGAAGAUUUUGAGUUUGAUGAAGACAGUGCCGACUUUGACUUUGGAGAGGACGAGGUGUGGAUGUCACAAUAA